GACCUCGGCAGCGGGGGUCUACGCGCCGGCUCUGGCGUCGACCUUGGCGCAGGGAGCGGAGAGCACGCUUCUGAGUAGUGGCGAGGCCCCGGCCUCUUCGGACAGGCUGGAGGCCUAUCCCGAGGGGAUAGAUCCUGAGGGUGACGGGGGAAACGAGGUUAUAGACGUCUCAGACAAGGGGCCCGAGCCGUCUCCUCCAGCCGCUCCGGGGAACGGCUCCAAGGAGCCGCCGUCUGAGGAUCUCGCCGAAGAGCUUCAGAGCGAAGUCGAGAAACUGCGCGCCAAUCUAGGACAUCCGAGGCGAGACGAUUUCGCGCGGGCGCUCAAGGUUGCCAAUGCUCGGGAGGACGCGGCCCGCUGGACCGCUCGCCAUUUCAG